CGCAAGUAUGAACUGCGCAGCGACCAAGGUUCUAUUGAUUCACAAACUUCGUAUGUGGUCUAUACACAUCAAUCGAACGGCACUAAUUUUACAACGAACGGCUCCGUAUUUUGCAUUGUGGUUUCUUCUAUUCCAGUUACAAACGACUCCAAACUUGGUACAUGUACAUUUUUGGAUGAAGCAUGGUGGAUGCCAUCUUCAGUUGCCCAACCAUAAUAGAGAAACUAUUGACGAAAGCAGUUUCACUCUACUUCACAAAUUUUUACAGUAAUGUGUGUGAGAACUGUUAUGUUUCCAAUCUGUAGAAACCCUCAAGUACUCCAGCAACCUUAACCCAAAACGUGCACUUGCCCAUAGCAAUAAAUGCCCCACAACAAACACAAUGGACUGGGAGUACACAUUCAUCCCAACGUGAAGCUGCACCUGCAUAUGACACUAGUGAGACUCAUCAUUUUUUAUGUCUCUCUCUCUUGACAGUGCUGCUGUGGGGCCUCCAAUUGUUGAUGGCGACAAAACCACUAUUUUGAGACUAUUCUCUAUAUAGUCUGAUGUAAUGGGGCAAUAGUUUGGAGUGUCAUUCGAUUAUUAUGUGAACAGAAGUUAACUGCUAAAAUCUGCACAAAUGCCCAUUCUGAUAACAGUUACUUGAUAAAACUCAACUAAACAAUUUGAAUUGUCCAUCAUUCACAUGUUACAACCAAAGUCAUUUAGUCAAUAACGACAAUUUUUAUUCCCUGGAAAGGAAGUAGACAGAGUGUCGAGUCACUGACUACUGAUUGGGUUGAUUGACCGUUUGCUCAAACAAGCACGAUCCUAAAUACCUCAUGCAUUGGCUUGUACAUCCUCCUAAACAACUUGGAAAGAUCAACAGUAUGGCAGCUAGCGAAGGUUCAUUUUGCACUUUUAUGAUUUGGUAAAUGAACAUAGAGAAUGCGCUUCUUAAGUGUCCCUAUUCAAACGAUUUCUAUAUUUCCAUUUAUGCAAGCGCAAAUACGAAUCCUAAUAAUGUUUUAAACUUUACCGAGUAUCAUCAAAGUAGUUUAGAGCUAAGCCAUACACCGAAGCCUUGACGUUGAGAUUUGAAGACAUUGUUUCCUCCUGAAAAUCAGAGCAUGUCAACCGGUCAAUCGGAAUAAGGAUUGAUUUAAGUUUGCGUUUGUUAUAGAAAAAUUGGUUUUGGUUGAUAUUUCAAUUUCGGAUGGUGACCCGUUUUCCUCAUCUGUGUUUGACUAAACAUAGUUUAUAAUUGACUGAAAAGAAAUCGCCACUCCACACCCACAGAGUAAUGCGUAAUGAAUUUUCUGAUUCCCUAGACAUACCAAGCAAGCUACAAACCAAAACAGCGUAUUCGGAAGAUAACUUUCGAUCACAUGGUUGACAAUUAUAAUUAGAUGUUCGCGACUGCAAUGAUAAUCACAUGUAAGAAAAUUAGCCGUCAGUAUUCGAAACACGCAAUAUUUCUAUUCUUCAUGUUUAUGGCUAUUUUCCACUUGUUUUCCAGACUCAUUGAAGACUUAUGCUUUAAAAAAUAUUCACUCGUUCGUUUCAAUAUUAAUAAUGGCUUUAUUCAAUACUCAACGUUCAGUACGAUGUGGAAUUCUUAAUGCAAAUUAUUUCAACAAUGUCAUCUCAAUCUUCUUAUGCAUCACCAAAAAUAUGUAUUCAUCUUAUUGUCACUUUAUUGUUUUUUAUUGAUAGUAGCCUUAUUCAGUGUGAUAUUUUGGGUACAAUGUACAAUUCUCAUCGCAAAGUAUUUCAACAAGUUUUCGUUUCUUAUUUCUUGAUCGGUUCUGACGAUAAAUAUUGAGUGAUCGGCAAGUAGAUGUUAGCAGUUCAGGAAUCGACAUCUGAAUAAUGUACAUUCUUUUUGACGUAUAUUGCCGGCAACUACCAUUUUUCUGAUUGUGCUCUUUCCUAACUUGUACAGCGAAAGAUCGUGAAGUUUUCACAAACGCGUCUGGAUAGGUUGUGCAACUAAUUUACAUGACGAUCCAUUGGAACAAAAAAGACAGAUAACGUUUUGAAAUAUCUAGAUUAUGGGAACAGGUAGCUCGCUCAUAUAUAUGCAUAUAUCCAAAUAUACAAAAUUGAGUGAGAUCUUCAUUAGAAAGUAAGAAUUCGUGUGACAAUAAAUCGUCAACAGAUUCAAGAGUGGAAGUCUUUGACUAAGUCAGGUCUUAUAACCUGCUUGUCGCAUAGUGGAAGGUGUUUUAUAACUGUUGUAUCGGGUAUCUAUUAGUCACUUGAAUGUAGUUUUCAUUCACGAUUUUCUGUGAAUAGGUUUUCGUCGAAUUCAGCCUUGAGGUUUCAGUGAGAUUUCAAUAAGUUACUUCUUAUUGGUAGAGAGGUUUGGGGAGGUUGUCUAACUUUAAUAACAUCAUUGCACGUCCACGAAUGCUCGUACUAUGACGAAGCAGCUGCCUAGUGCCUUGUGGAUUACAGCAUAAGUGAAACGUAGCUUGGACCUGUCUUGACUGUCACUCUUAUAUCUGCCGAAUAUGAUUAAUUGGAAUUCCAAUGUCAUUUCGAACUCCUAUGAGUGAGUUCACAUCUUUUGCAGGACAAUGAGACAUGGAUUUAUAGAAGGAGAAUACAUCCGGUGCUACGACAAGGGUAUGAUGUAUGUCAUUGAUACUUCACGUGCACGAUGUGCUUGUGAGCGUUUCAGUGACAACAUGCUGCCAUGUGGUCAUAUUCUGUAUGCACAUCCUAAAGAUCUAAUUCGUGGAGACUUAUUUCGACAUAGCUGCCAGUGGACAAGGAAAUACAUAAUGGACUUGGUUCUUCGUGCGCUGGACAACAUGUCAAUCUCUACAGGGAGUGAUGAUCUGCUAGAGAAGUUCACUAACAAUUGCCACUCAAUCCAUGCUCUUAGUGAACCUUUGGCAAGUAAACUCAUCCUUUCAUGCCUCGAAGCAUUGAAAGACAUAUGCGCACACGUGAAGAGUUCAAUCGGUGUGAAUGAUGAAGCUACAUUGUCAGAACCCAUUGUUAACACUGACCAUAAUUAUGCUUCUUGAUAACAAGAGGUUCUAAUACUGUAAUCUUUUUAGUUUUACAUAAAUUCAUUCAUAUGGCCAUUGUAAGAUGCAAACUACGUUUGGACUGCUGGACAGCUGCCUGGAUGAAUUAGAUACGCGCCCUCGCCCGUUUGAAACCAAAACAAAGUAAUUGGUGUACAUUAUUACCUAAACACAUAUAACCACUCAGC